AUGGAUACAACCAUCCGCGUCGACGUUUUAGUGGUCGGAGCCGGCCUCAGUGGCAUGUCUAUUUUAUACAGGCUUCGCAAGUUAGGACUGAAGGCCAAAGUCCUGGAAGCUGGUGCCAACCUUGGUGGUGUUUGGCAUUGGAACAGAUACCCGGGUGCCAGAGUUGAUUCGGAAUGGCCAUAUUAUCAACUUAGUAUUCCCGAAGUCUAUAGGAAUUUCGACUUUACGGAGCGGUUCCCCAGUGCGGAAGAAUUGCGCGCGUACAUGCAGCACAUCGACAAAGCGCUUGACCUUAAAAAAGACAUUGUUUUUAAUCAAGAAGUGAUCGACCUGCGAUGGAACCAGACUGAAAAUGAAUGGUUUACCACCACCAAGCAAGGCAUCACUGCUCGAUCUAAGUACAUCGUCCUAUGUACAGGACCAUUGCAUCGACGAUAUAUGCCAUCGUUUCCAGGCUUGGAAGCAUACAAGGGCGCCCUUCACCAUACUUCAUUUUGGCCAGACAAUGUCGAUGUCACAGGCAAACGAGUAGCGCUCAUUGGUGUGGGUGCUACUGGGAUCCAGGUCGCACAAGCCCUCUCGAAGCAGGUUCAAACGUUAACAGUCUUCAUGCGUCGGCCUAGCUACUGUUUGCCGAUGGGUCAACGCAAGCUCAGUCCCGAGGAGCAACAACAGACUAAGGCGCGAUUCGAGACUCUCUUCCAGGCCAGUCGCAAUUCUUAUGCAGGAUUUCCUGGCAGUACACAAAGCAAAGGCGUUUUUGAUGUCUCUGAAGAAGAACGCGAAAAGCUAUACGAAGAACUCUGGGAAAAGGGUGGCUUUGCCUUUAUCGUCAGCAACUUUAAUAACUGGGUAUUUGACAAGACGGCCAAUAGAUCUCUCUACGAAUUUUGGGCAAAAAAGACCCGACUGAGGAUUAAUAAUGCGAGGAAACGAGACAUCUUAGUCCCUGUCGAACCGCCGUUCUGGUUUGGGACCAAACGAUGUCCACUAGAGCAAGAUUACUAUGAAUCUAUGGAUCGGAACAACGUUAACAUUGUAGACUUAAAGGAUACGCCAAUCAAGACCUUUAACGAGAAAGGUGUAUUGCUCGACAACAACGAACAGCAAGAUUAUGAUAUUAUUAUUAUGGCCACAGGAUUUGACUCAUUUACUGGAUCCUUAACCAGCAUCGGUCUUAAAAACCGCGAAGGUAUCGACCUCGCACAAGUAUGGCAAGCUGGUAUCAAAACCUACCUUGGGGUGUCAAUGCCGGGUUUUCCUAACACGUUCGCUAUUUAUACGCCACAAGCUCCCGCGGCUCUCACCAACGGGCCAACACUCAUAGAGACGCAGAGUGAUUUCGUUGCAUCAGCUAUUGAGAAGCUCGAGGCAGAGGGGGCCAGGCAGAUCGAAGCAACUGUUGAAGCCGCUGAUGCAUGGGAUCAGAUGAUCGAGGCCAUGAAUGCUCCAACUCUCUUCCCUUUGACCAAUUCCUGGUGGAACACUUCAAAUGUUCCGGGCAAGAAGAUUCAAAAUGUGACACAUCUGGGGGGGAUUAAGAUGUACGGAGAUCAAAUCAAGGACGCCUUGCAAGGUUGGAAAGGCUUUCAUGUAACUCCAAAGGAUGGCCAUCAAACGAACGGUGUGAAUGGGGUACAUGUAUAG